GGUCCCUUAUCUCUAUGGCAACGACAACUACUACUAGUUUAUCUUGUUUUGAGCUCGUCUACAAAAGCGAUUUGAUUUAUUAAUAUUAGACAGGAACUGCUAGGUGGACUUUUUUAUGCCGCCUGCGUUUUUAACCUGGAUCCGUGUCUUCCCUUACUAAAUGACAGGCGGUGUGUGCUGAUUCCAGCUAAUGAAAAGGGCUAAGAGGCAGCAGCUAUUCGGACCGCUGAAGAGUGAUGGCGGACUGCUGGAACACCGAUACCGGAGAGGCCGUCUAUCGGUCCCGGGAUGCUGUCAAAAACCUGAGAAUAAAGGUGCGUAUAGAGAGAGUGACUUCCACAUCAGCUCUGUCUCAGCAUCUCCAGCAGCAGGUUCUGUCCCAGCAAGUCAGAGGAGACAUUGAACUGGGAACACUCUCAUCACAAGUCCAAACAGGUGAUAAUGAAGAGGAGCUUGUGGUUGGCUGGCAGGAGAAAUUCUUCAGUCAGUAUGAGAUGGAGCUGUUCCAGAAUGAGGCAGCAUGUCAGACCCCUCUGGACCGGCAAUACCACACAGAAGUCAAGGCUCUCGGCAGGGGCAAGGGUCGACGCAAUCACAGGAUUUUCACUUACACCGAUCAUGACCGCUACACCAGCUGCCUUCCAGUACACCAGCUGCAGCAUGCCACUGACAUACUGACCACAACCAAAUCCAACCCAACCUUCCUGGCUGAGAGGAUGGCCAGUGUGAGACACAGACGUCAAGACAGGCGCACCAUGGAUUCCAGUGUCCCAAAAUCAAAAAUCAUCAACUGGGAGCCCACAGAGGAGUUUGUGAGGAGCAGGCAUGUGGUGAAUAAUGCCAUGCAGACCAUGCACAUCAUGGGAGACCUGGGCCCCAGUGGAAAGCUGGGCCAGAAAGAGAACGAGUGUUUGCUAGUAACCAUAAAAACCGACGGCUUUGGAACAGUGAUUGUAAAACCGGAUUUUAACAAAGGCAAAGAGCCCUACAGGGUUGUAACAGGCGGGGAGAAGAGAGAAGUUUGGCGUCUUACUGUGGAGAAUGUAUCUGCGUCUAUGAAGCCUGAGGACAAGGGCAGGGAGCAGAACAUGUACAAAGAUCUGUACAUAAGGCAUAAGGAGUACCUAAAUAGCCUCGUUGGACAGGACUUUGAAAUGCCUCCUCUAGGCAUUCUGCGUUACCUGAUGAACGGAGAGAUCGUCUCAGCUCAAGGCUUUGAAUAUGAUAACUUGUACAUCCACUUCUUCAUGGAGCUGCCCAACAAUUGGUCCAGCUUGCCAUUCCAGUCUCUGUCAGGGGUUACCCAGACCUGUCGGACUAAAACAUUAAGGAAGGAAAACGUAGCUUUCUUUAGUUACCCCUUCAACUUUGAGGCUUUCUACAUGAGUGAAAAAGAGAGUGACGAAUCAGCCCUCCAGUGGCCAGUGCUCUACUUCAAGGUUCUUUCUCUGGACUCCUGGCAGCGCUAUCGAACUGAAGGCUAUGGCUAUCUGCUAUUUCCUGCCAUGCCUGGUAAACACACAAUGACAUGCCACACGUGGAGACCACUUCAGACGGGGACGGUUUCUGCGCUGAGGCGCUUCUUUAUUGGAGGUUCUCCAGAGCUUGAGGACCACAGCUACGUCAGAAUACCGGGGACCUUCAAGGGGGAGAGGCUCAGUCGCUUUGGCUUCUGCACUGAAACCACAGGAAGUGUCACCUUUACUCUGCACUGCGUUCAGCAAGCCAGGGCUUUUGUUGAUGCUGCCAUGUUGAAGAAGAGGAGACAAAGAGUUUUUGACCAGCUGGGAGAUUUUAGUCAGCAAGGAGCUGUUUGCACCAUCCUGGAGGCCUUUCAGAGGGCCAGGAAAAAGAUGCAAGAAGCCAGAGAAAGUCUUCCACAAGACCUGAUCAGCACCGUGUCGCAGCUACAAAUGCACUCCUCUGCUUAGGUGUGAAAAAAGGAGUAGGACUGUUAGGUCUUUUUUGAAGAUUAGAUUAUAAUUGUUGUUAUCAAUGAGUAUGAAAACAGAUCUGUUAUAUACUCUAAUCAGUGAGUUUUUUCCUCACAAAGAGGAAAACUGUGUCUGAAUGCUUUAUUCUGUGCGUUUGUAGCUGACAUUCUGGACAACAGCAGGUGUAAUAAUUGAGUUAACAAUGAAUCUGCUAAUUAAUAGAGAGCAGUGCCAUUAUGCCUACUGUGUAUGGUUGUACCUGGCAAAGCUUUCUUUUUGUAGUCACUGUUAGUAUUAGACUUAAAUAAACAAUGCUUUUUGGAGCUCAGUGAAGUUUUUAGAAACAUGUAAAGUAAAAUAAUGUUUUUAAAAGUUUGAUUGUAUAUUUUUUUUAUUGGUUACUUCAAACUGUAAUUGUAGUUCACAUAUUUGUUGUAAUAUAAACGUUUAUAUCAACUAUUAUCUUUGAAUACGUUGCCAAUUUUUCACAUUUGCUACAUUUUUUUUCUUGCACUAUAUUUUAUAUUUGGUAUAAUAGUUAGGGGUAUUCAUACAGCAGUUUAUAGCAGUUCAGUCUAGACUCGAACUGUUGCAUAUAAAAGCUAAUACUCAAAUAGAACUCAUGACUGACACUUUGAAGGAUGCUUCAGCAGAAUUUGUUGCCUUAUUGUCUGCUCAGCUUCAGACAAUUUGUUUCUUUUAUCUCCUGUAUUUGAGAAGUUAUGAGAGCUUUAAAA